AUGAUGUUUGAAAAAGACAAAUCAGUAGAGGAAAAGAAUAACAGCACCAGCAACAGCAACAAUAACAACAAUAUUGACCCACUGUCAAUUCAACCAAUCAUUCCAAAAUGCUACUGCUACAUUUCAUCACAUGGAAAUAGGCGAUUUAAUUACAAUCUGUGUAAAUACCAUCAAGAUUUCAGUUCAUCCUGUCGUCACCAUCAUAAUCAUAAUCAUAGGCAACAAUAUUCUCUACAGCAUAAUUCACAUUUACACUUACAUGCACAUUGUCAUCAUAUAUGCAAGCAUAAUUCGUUACAUAAAUAUCGUCUACCAUCGCCUUGUCAUACUGCCAAUAGAGAUAUCAUUGUAACCAGUGCAUCAACAUCGAUGACAAAGCCUACAUCAACAGCAAUCUCCAUUACGAAUAAAGAUAAAAAUAUUACUACUACUAACGAAGACAUUUCAACACAAAACCAAACAUUAGUUUAA